UGGACUGCAACCAGUUUUUUUUACAACAUAUCAUGCAAAUAAAUGUGCAGCAAAACAGCUUGAGCUGACUCCAGAACAGAUUGUUCGUUGUUUUCCGGUUGUGUGUACGGAAGUAAUUGCGACGGUGCUGCGUCUAAAUGCGAUCACUAUUCUUCGUCGUUAAAAGGACGACUACAUUCCAGCAUGAUGUCUGAGGGCAGUUCAUUUAUGAAAGGCAUGAUCCUCGGUGGAAUAUUCUGCCUGAUCAUGUCUUUCUUUGAGACCUUUAAUCCAGGAACCCACUCAGAAGGUCAUGAACACCUCCACCAUCAUCUGAAACCUGUCAGCAAAGAUGAGCUACAGAAGUUAUCUAAGUCUCAGAUGUCUGAGUUCGCCAUGCAGGUUCGAGUCUACUGCCUCAUCAUGGUCACUCCAAAGCUUUUAGUCCACUGGGCGACAGCUAACGACACCUGGAGCAAACACUGCGACAAAUCUGUGUUUUACACCUCUGAAACGUCUAAAGCUCUAGACGCGGUUGACCUACAGGAGCAGGAUGAGUGGACAAGGCUUCGCAAAGCCAUCCAACAUGCUUAUGAGAACGCCGGAGACCUGCACUGGUUUUUCAUAGCACGACCUACCACCUUUGCAAUUAUAGAGAAUCUCAAGUACCUGGUGCUGGAUAAAGAUCCAAGCCAGCCGUUUUACAUUGGCCACACAGAAAAGUCUGGAGAACUGGAUUACGUUGAGUAUGACAGUGGGAUCGUGUUGAGUUACGAAGCGAUGAGGAGGCUGAUGGAGGUGUUUAAAGAUGAAGAUAAAUGUCCUGAGCGAGGACGAGCUCUAUGGAAGAUGUCUGAAGAAAAGCAACUGGCCACCUGUCUGAAGUACAGCGGAGUUUUUGCUGAAAACGGAGAGGACGCCCAAGGAAAAGGGCUUUUUAACAAGAAGAGUGUGAGCUCUUUGAUUUCGGAUAGCAUCAGCCAAAACCCGGGCGAUGUGGUGGAGGCGUGUUGCUCUGACAUGGCCAUCACAUUCGCUGGGAUGUCGCCGAGCCAGGUGCAGGUCUUGAUGUACGGCGUCUACAGACUUCGACCGUACGGACACGACUUUCAUGACUCCUUGACAUUUCUGCCUCCAAAAGACUCUGAUAAUGAUUGAGAGUUUGUGGAUUCUGGAACUCUUCCUGUGACUCUCAGCAUUGAAAUGUUGAUCAUAAUUGGGUGUGGGGCUGAAUUAUUUGUGAAGUUGGUGAAGGAAAAAAAUGAAAAUGAUUGCAUUAUGAUUUAUUACUGAUAAGUCAAGUGCUGGAUCAUUUGUGUGCACUUGAUAGUAUUUUGAAUAAAAAUGCUAGAUUCA